GCGAGUGGGCAAGUGCCGGCUUUGCGUCUUCGUGGAGUCGCGCGGCAUGGCGGGCGGCGCCCGGGAGGUGCUCACGCUGCAGUUGGGACAUUUUGCGGGUUUCGUGGGAGCGCACUGGUGGAACCAGCAGGAUGCUGCGCUUCGUGAACCGACUGACACCCAGGAGCCGCCGGGGGAGCUGUGCCCCGACGUCCUGUUCCGGGCCGGCCGAACGCUGCACGGCCAGGAAACGUACACGCCAAGGCUCAUCCUCAUGGAUCUAAAGGGUAGUCUGAGCUCCCUAAAACAAGAAAGUGGACUCUACAGGGACAAACAGCUGGACGCUGCAAUAGCAUGGCAGGGGAAGCUCACCACACACAAAGAGGAACUCCAUCCCAAGAAUCCUUAUCUCCAGGAUCUUCUUAGUGUGGAGGGAGUGCUGAGCAGUGAUGGUCUCUGGAGGGUCAAAUCCAUUUCCAACGGCAAAGGUCUCCCACCACUCACCACUGCUGCAACUCCAGAGCCCCUUAUCCCCACAGAGGGCAGCAUCAGGGUCUGGUCAGACUUCCUCAGAGUGCAUCUCCAUCCCCGGAGCAUCUGUAUGAUUCAGAAGUACAACCACGAUGGCGAAGCAGGUCGCCUGGAGGCUUUUGGCCAAGGGGAGAGUGUCCUGAAGGAACCCAGGUACCUGGAAGAGCUGGAGGACAGGUUGCACUUCUACGUGGAGGAAUGUGACUACCUGCAGGGCUUCCAGGUCCUGUGCGACCUGCACGAUGGCUUCUCUGGUGUAGGGGCGAAGGCCGCAGAGCUGCUACAUGAUGAGUAUUCAGGGCGCGGGAUAAUAACCUGGGGCCUGCUCCCCGGUCCCUACGCUCUUGGGCAGGAGCCCCAGAAAAACAUCUAUCGUCUGUUAAACACAGCUUUUGGUCUGGUGCACCUGUCUGCUCACAGCUCUCUAGUCUGCCCCUUGUCCUUGGGUGGGAGCCUGGGGCUGAGACCUGAGCCACCCGUCAACUUCCCUCACCUGCGUUAUGAUGCAACUCUGCCCUUCCACUGCAGUGCCAUCCUGGCUACAGCCCUGGACACAAUCACUGCUCCUUAUCGCCUGUAUUCCUCACCACUUUCCAUGGUUCAUCUAGCCGAUAUGCUGAACUUCUCUGGGAAAAAGGUGGUGACAGCAGGAGCAUCCAUCCCCUUCCCUUUGGGUCCAAGCCAGUCCCUUCCCGAUACCCUGAUGCAGCUCGGAGGGGCCACCCCUUGGACUCCACUGUCUGCAUGUGGGGACCCUUCUGGAACACACUGCUUUGCCCAGUCAGUGGUGCUGAGGGGUCUAGACAAAGCAUGCCACACCAGUCAGCUCACCCCAGGCACACCUCUGCCUUCCCUACUCCAUGCCUGCACCACUGGGGAGGAAGUCUUGGCCCAAUAUUUACAACAGCAGCAGCCUAGAGCCAGGAGUUCUUCUCAUCUGCUGCUGACUCCCUGCAAGGUGGUUCCUCCUUAUCCCUCCCUCUUCUCCUCAAGCCUCAGCCAGCAGGGCUUGGUUCUGGAUAAUCCCCCAACUGGGGCAGGGGAGAGCAUCCCAGUGCUUGGGGCCCUCCGUUCCUCUUCAUCCUUGAGCCGGACCCUGGGAGACUUGGCCAAGGACCUCACCAAACUCAACCUGCGGCGCUGGGCCAGCUUCAUGGACGCUGGAGUGGAACAGGAUGACCUAGGGGAGCUGCUGCAGGAGCUCUGCAGCCUGGCCCAGUGCUACCAGCUUGGCGACAGCCUCACGGACUGAAGUUCCAAGAAAAGGAAAAAACUAGUUUACAAUAAAAAGUGCUGGAUGCAGGAGCUAUGUCUUGGGACUGGCUACACCAACAUAUGCACUUAUUACAUUUAUAUAGAAUCACUGUGCCUUACAUCACAAUAAAUGUGAACCAUCAGGACAAAAAGUCCAAGAAGGGUAGAAAGGAGCUGAGCCCCUCUCCCUCAACACUAUUUACAAAAUGACUCUAAAGACUUCGUAACAAACACUGAGUGAGGCAGAGAAUGGCAGAGCCAUGAAAACCCUCAGCCUAGCUUUGUCCUGUCCUUGGCCCCUGCUCCUUCAGCUCUAUACUGAGCUCAAGGGGCACACCAGCAAAGGACAACCACCCUUUCCCUCGUCAGGGUGCCUGUGGUUUGGAUCCGACACACACAUCUCCCACAUGCUUCCUGAGUCUCACUCAUCCAGCUCCUCCUCAGACAGAAGAUCCCCAUGGUCAGAGAGCUGGUCUGCAUUGCUGGUGCUGGUUGCAUCGUCUUCAUCCUCCGAGCUGGCCUCGCAGGCGGUGUGGAAGAGCUGCAUGAGUUCUCGAAAACGGUGGGAAACCUAAGAGGAGAGGGGAAGGUUGGUGUUCCCUGUCUCUAAGUAACAUAAAGCGUUAUAUACCAA